UCAAUUUUUUGUGGAAGCGAAUACAAUGGUUUUGAGAGAAAUCCAGCGAACGCUGUGAUUGUGUUGAGUAACGAAAGUUUUCAUUAAUAUUUACUCUGCUUAAAUUCCAUGUAGUUUAUCUCUUUAUUGUCACUGUGGAUUGAAUCAAACGCACGCAUUGUGUCUGCCGCCGUUUAGCAGUUAGCUCUAUGUAUAGUUCAAAACAAAUAUACUUCGCUUGCACUUGAUUUUAUAAUUACGUACACCGCACAGCAUUCAGUUCUUGGAUAGGAAUGUCGUUUUUCGUGAGGAGCAGUAAUGCGGGGUUGCGGGUGCAGACGGAAAAGGAGCAAAAAGAACGAUUCGUGUCCCACUAUAUCGUCUAUUUCACCCAGUUCAACGUCGUCUUCGCCUAUAGCACUAUCAUCACCGGGAUUUGGCCGUAUUUAAAUAAGUUGGAUCCAUCGGCGGACAAAAGCAAUUUGGGAUACUUGCUGGGAUUGAGUGCCCUCGGACAGACGAUCUUCGCACCGAUCUUGGGAUACUGGAGUAACUAUUUAAAAUCGACGCGCAUUCCGUUUGUGGUCAGUCUGAUAAUCUGCCUGAUCUCUUACAUCAUCCAUGCCACCUUGGAGACAUUUGAUAAUCAUCGGAAGUAUUGGUUCCUGUUUUCGAGAUUCCUCGCCGGGACUGGAGGAGCCUGUAUAACGCUAUGCCGCUCUCACGUAUCAACCACGACGUUGAUGAGGGAACGGAGGAAGGCCGUUUCUAUUUUAUCAUCUUGCUCUACCAUAGCCUUAGCCUUGGGACCGGCUCUUCAAUUCGCAGUGGUUCCGCUCGGAGAUGAAGGAGUUUGGCUGAUUCGCAAUAAGCUAAAGCUGGAUAUGUACACAGCCAUCGGUUGGAUUGUUUUCAUCAUCACAGUUAUAAAUAUAAUCCUUUUUCAUCCGGCCAUAUUCAAAGAGCACAGCAUGUUGAAGGAGGAUAACGGCGACGACAACAACACGUACACUUCUAAAAACUACAAGUACUUGGCGUGGGUGUUCAUCGUGAUGAAUUUCUGCGUCACGUUCAACUUCAUGUUUACCAAACUGCUAGGCACUCCGAUGGCGAUGGACGAGUUCGCCAUGACCCGACCCGAAGCAAUUACCUUGAAUUCUUUAGUCAUGUGCGUAACAGCCGCAAUAUCCUUCAUCUCAAUCCUCCUUAUAAACCCUAUCUGUAAGCUGGUCUCUGAAAUGAAACUGCUGAUUUUUGGGAUGGUCCUCCUGGUGGUUGGAAGGUUUUGCUUUUAUCCUUUGGGCGGAUCUUUGGUGGUUUUCGACGACACUGAUUUAAACGUAAACGCCACUCGCAUCGGAUGUCCCAAGAGCCAGGAUUGGUGCUCAACGGAGAGGCGAGUCCUCUUCCAUCAGUUCAUCAUUGGAAACGUCUUGGAGAAUAUCGGGUACUCCUUUGCUAUUACUUUAAUCAUGGCCAUAUUUUCAAAAGUACUAGGAUCCAGGCAACAGGGAACUUGGAUGGGUUUUCUAACAUCCAUGGGGAGCAUAGCGAGAAUAACGUCUCCCAUUUUCAUAUCAACUCUUUACAAAGUAUACGGUCCAAGCGUGGUGGUAAUCGUUACAAAUUUGAUUUUCUUGUUAUUCGGAAUAGCUCUAGUGAAAUUAGCGCACGAUUUCAUCCUCGGUGAGGAAGCUGUUGAAGUAAUCACGGCCACGAUUCCCGAAUCCUGUAAAGACACUUUACUCGAAGAGAUUAAAUAGAAAUUUCAGAUACUU